AUGGCCGUUCCUCGGAGCUCCUUGAUCAUCGCCAGCGUCUUGGCACUCUUCCUCUUCUCCUCAGCAAAUGGCGGCAGCAUUGCUAUCUACUGGGGCCAGAACGGCAACGAGGGCACCCUCGCCGAGACCUGCGCAACCGGCAACUACGCCUUCGUCAACAUCGCCUUCCUCUGCAGCUUCGGAUCAGGCCAGUCUCCCCAGCUCAACCUCGCCGGCCACUGCGACCCCUACUCCAACGCGUGCACCAACCUCACCGCCGACAUCCACUCCUGCCAGUCCAAGGGCGUCAAGGUCAUGCUCUCCAUCGGCGGAGGCGCCGGAGGGUACACGCUCAACUCCGAACAGGACGCCGCCGACCUCGCGCAAUACAUCUGGAACAGCUACCUCGGCGGUUCAGGGAAGAGGCCCCUCGGCGACGCUGUUCUCGACGGCGUCGACUUCGACAUCGAGAGUGGUAACCCAGACUACUACGGCGCCCUCGCGGCGCACCUGAAGUCUUACAGCGGCAAAGGGGGGAAGAAGGUGUACCUGUCAGCGGCGCCGCAGUGCCCAUUCCCGGAUGCGUCGGUCGGCAAGGCCCUGGACACCGGCCUCUUCGACUACGUCUGGGUUCAGUUCUACAACAACCCGCCUUGCCAGUACACGCCGGGGAGCACCGCCAACCUGCUCAACUCCUGGAAGCAGUGGACAUCGGCGAUCAAUGCUACGUACAUCUUCCUCGGCUUGCCGGCAGCCCCAGAUGCGGCGGGGAGCGGGUUCAUACCGACGGGGAGCCUCGAGUCGCAGGUGCUCCCGGCGUUGAAGGCGUCCACAAAGUACGGCGGAGUGAUGCUCUGGUCCAAGUUCUACGAUGACCAGGAUGGUUACAGCUCGGCCAUCAAAAACCACGUCUGAUUCUGCCCACCGUGUGAGUAUAUAUGAAUGAGUUGUGAUUUGUACAUACAUUUGGUCUAGCUACAGUUUGACACAUGCUACCGAGUAUAAUUUAUCUGUACAUAUGUAAGUUCUAUCGAAUAAAAUAGAAGUCCCUUUGAAAUAA